AAUGGGAGCCAGCUGGCUGGGCCUCGUUUUGCACCCCGAGCAAUACCUGCAAUUGAGGAUUCCUCCCCGGGAGGCGGCAGCCUGUCAGCAUGGCUAAAGAGUUUGUGAACAGCAAGCUCCAGCCCGGGAAGGUGGUUGUGUUCAUCAAGCCCACUUGCCCCUACUGCAAAAAGACCCACGAGCUCCUCAGCCGAUUGCCCUUCAAACAAGGGUCUUUGGAAUUUGUCGAUAUCACAGCCACCGGCGACGACGCGAGCAAGAUUCAGGAUUAUUUGCAAGAGCUCACAGGAGCCAGAACGGUGCCUCGCGUCUUCAUCGGUAAAGACUGUAUAGGUGGAUGCACUGACCUACUCAACAUGCAUCAGAGUGGGCAGCUGUUGACACGGCUAAAGCAAAUUGGAGCUCUAGAAUAAUUACAGCAGAGCUGAUCCCAGAGUGAUGUCCCCCUGAGAGCUGAAUAGCAUUGCAAUGAUGACAGCACUUCCUGGUGGAUGGAUCAGGGGCUACCUUUACCCAGCUACAGCAGCUGUUUACUUCUGAAAUAUGUUAACCAAAAAAGGAGGGGUGGGGGUUGGCAAAAAUAGCUUUUUCUUUUUUGAUUUAGUGUUAAAAGUGGCUCAACUUGCCCCAAAUCACAGAUCUGAGAAGGUUGAUGGAUGUCUUGGGUUUCUUCUGGAUCGGCCCUUUGGGUUCCAAAAGACCGUGACAGUCAUGGCCUAGAAUUCACUCACUGACUCAAAAGAUGUUCUCUCUCUUUGGCACAUGUUUCUUAUGAUUGUCCUCCAUGCGCCGGGCCUCGUCUACCUCUAAGCCAGUGUUUCACAACCAAGUUUAUCCCAAGCCCCUCAGGAUGAAUCUGUAGUUGGUUUUCUGCUACUACCUGAAAAUUAUUUUGUUGAGUUUGGCUUUAUGGAGUUUGUACUAUGAAAUCAAUAAGUAUUUUGAAUGUACUUUUUCAAACUGCAUGUGUCUCCCUGGUUACCAUCCUCACUCCACCCCACUCCUAUCUUGAGAAUCAUUUGCUCUGAAACAGUGUUCUCAACCUUGACAAAUUCACAGCUCUCACAGGAAAUGUUCAACAGUUAAGAAAUUGGAGAAGUGAGUUAAGAAAUGAAGGGCCUGAGGGCGCCCCAUUUGAGAAAGUCCGCAUGAAACAUUAAGCACUGUUGGCCUCCUGGUGCCCAGUGAUCGGAGGUCCAGGUGGAGAUGCCGUGAUCAUCUCUUGCCUAAGAUGCUCAUCCAGGUCAUCCUGAACAAGUAUGUGUUAAUUUGCUUAGAUUAUGAACCAAAGUAAAACAUGAAAUUUAAAACGUUAUCACAGAAAACUUACAACUCCCUCCCCCAAGGGUAUGUCUGUGAAAGUAGCCAAAUUUAAGAAACACGGUCCUAAAUUAUUUUCUCUCUCCUUUUUUUCCCUACUCUCUGAAAACUUAAGGAUCCCUUACUGUGAAGUUUGUUCUAGCAUUGCAAGAGUAAGUUAAUUUCCUUCUGCAGUCUUUAGGGUGAAUGUUAAUUUCUUUUCUAAUAAAGAAGUACCCAGAGAUGA